CCGGCUGGGGAGAGGGCGCUGGCCCCGGGGCCGCGCAUGCGCCGCCACCAACCUGGGGCUGUCCGUGGAGGGCGAGUACUGGCUGCGAGGGGAGGCGACGCCCUUCGGGGCGAACGGGCCGCGCGCAGAGGGGGCCGUGGGGACGACCCAUCCCUUUUCCAACCCUGGGGCUGGGCUGGGGUCGGGGCCGGGGCCGGUGGGGGCCCCGCCCCCGUCUCCUGGCCUGCCCCCUUCAUGGGCCGCGAUGAUGGCGGCCCUGUACCCGACCACGGACCUCACGGGCGCCGCCUCCUCCUCAUUGCCUUCCUCCCCCUCCUCUUCGUCGCCAAACGAGUUGAUGGCGCUGAAGGAUGUGCGGGAGGUGAAGGAGGAGAACACGCUGAAUGAGAAGCUUUUCUUGCUGGCGUGCGACAAGGGUGACUAUUAUAUGGUAAAAAAGAUUUUGGAGGAAAACAGUUCAGGUGACUUGAACAUAAAUUGCGUAGAUGUGCUUGGGAGAAAUGCUGUUACCAUAACUAUUGAAAACGAAAACUUGGAUAUACUGCAGCUUCUUUUGGACCACGGUUGUCAGUCCGCAGAUGCACUUUUGGUGGCAAUCGACUCUGAAGUAGUGGGAGCUGUUGAUAUACUACUUACUCAUCGACCAAAACGAUCAUCAAGACCAACUAUAGUAAAAUUAAUGGAACGAAUUCAGAAUCCUGAGUAUUCAACAACUAUGGAUGUUGCACCUGUCAUUUUAGCUGCUCAUCGUAACAACUAUGAAAUUCUUACAAUGCUCUUAAAACAGGAUGUAUCUCUACCCAAGCCCCAUGCAGUUGGCUGUGAAUGCACAUUGUGUUCUGCAAAAAACAAAAAGGACAGCCUCCGACAUUCCAGGUUUCGUCUUGACAUAUAUCGAUGUUUGGCCAGUCCAGCUCUAAUAAUGUUAACAGAGGAGGAUCCAAUUUUGAGAGCAUUUGAACUUAGUGCUGAUUUAAAAGAACUAAGCCUUGUGGAGGUGGAAUUCAGGAAUGAUUAUGAAGAACUAGCCCGGCAAUGUAAAAUGUUUGCUAAAGAUUUGCUUGCACAAGCCCGGAAUUCACGUGAAUUGGAAGUUAUCCUAAACCAUACAUCUAGUGAUGAGCCUCUUGACAAACGGGGAUUACUAGAAGAAAGAAUGAAUUUAAGUCGUCUAAAACUUGCUAUCAAAUAUAAUCAAAAAGAGUUUGUCUCCCAGUCUAACUGCCAGCAGUUCCUGAACACUGUUUGGUUUGGACAGAUGUCAGGUUACCGACGUAAGCCCACCUGUAAGAAGAUAAUGACUGUUUUGACAGUUGGCAUCUUUUGGCCAGUUUUGUCACUUUGUUAUUUGAUAGCUCCCAAAUCGCAGUUGGGCAGAAUUAUUCACACACCUUUUAUGAAAUUUAUUAUUCAUGGAGCAUCAUAUUUCACAUUCCUGCUGUUACUAAAUCUGUACUGUCUUGUCUACAAUGAGGAUAAGAAAAACACAAUGGGGCCAGCCCUUGAAAGAAUAGACUAUCUGCUUAUACUGUGGAUUAUUGGGAUGAUUUGGUCAGACAUUAAAAGACUCUGGUAUGAAGGGUUGGAAGACUUUUUAGAGGAAUCUCGUAAUCAACUCAGUUUUGUUAUGAAUUCCCUUUAUUUGGCAACCUUUGCCCUCAAAGUGGUUGCUCACAAUAAGUUUCAUGAUUUUGCUGAUCGGAAGGACUGGGAUGCAUUCCAUCCUACGCUGGUGGCAGAAGGGCUUUUUGCAUUUGCAAAUGUUCUGAGCUAUCUUCGUCUUUUUUUUAUGUAUACAACCAGCUCUAUCUUGGGUCCAUUACAGAUCUCAAUGGGACAGAUGUUACAAGAUUUUGGAAAGUUUCUUGGGAUGUUCCUUCUUGUUUUGUUUUCUUUCACAAUUGGACUUACACAACUAUAUGAUAAGGGCUAUACUUCAAAUGAACAGGACUGUGUGGGCAUCUUCUGUGAACAGCAAAGCAAUGAUACCUUCCAUUCGUUCAUCGGUACUUGCUUUGCUUUGUUCUGGUAUAUUUUUUCCUUGGCACAUGUGGCAAUCUUUGUCACAAGAUUUAGCUAUGGAGAAGAAUUGCAAUCCUUUGUUGGAGCCGUUAUUGUUGGUACAUACAAUGUUGUGGUUGUGAUUGUGCUUACCAAGCUGCUGGUGGCAAUGCUUCAUAAAAGCUUUCAGUUGAUAGCAAAUCAUGAAGACAAAGAAUGGAAGUUUGCUCGAGCAAAGUUGUGGCUUAGCUACUUUGAUGACAAAUGUACAUUACCCCCACCUUUCAACAUCAUUCCUUCACCAAAGACUAUCUGCUAUAUGAUUAGUAGCCUCAGUAAGUGGAUUUGCUCUCAUACAUCAAAAGGCAAGGUCAAACGGCAAAACAGUUUAAAGGAGUGGAGAAAUUUGAAACAAAAGAGAGAUGAAAACUACCAAAAGGUGAUGUGCUGCUUAGUGCAUCGUUACUUGACUUCCAUGAGACAGAAGAUGCAAAGUACAGAUCAGGCAACUUUGGAAAAUCUAAAUGAGCUGCGCCAAGAUCUGUCAAAAUUCCGAAAUGAAAUAAGGGAUUUACUUGGCUUUCGGACGUCUAAAUAUGCUAUGUUUUAUCCAAGAAAUUAACCACCUUCUAAAUCAU